AUGUCACGGCAACCCAACAUGCGAGACCGCGGCGCAGCACAACCAGGUCCGUACGGUCCCAACAACCCUCCACCGCCUCCGUCUGAGCCCCCACCGAGGGGACCCAGAGAACAGGGAGACCGGGGUAGAGGUAGCGACGAUGUCGAUGGCGAGAGGAUGCAAGGUCGACGCCGUCCGCAGCUCGCUGUACGAAAACGAGAUUACGCACGGGCGGAAGAAGAACUGCGAGUGAGACAGCGGGAUCGUGACCGUAGUCGUUCGCCUGCCCGGCGUCAAGAUCCCCGGGAUGAGCAAGAUUGGCGUGGUGAGCGAGCCCGGUAUCGAGAGCGGUCGCCGCUGCGUCGUGAGACCGUCGACGUGGAGCCGCAGCGAGAGGACCGGAAGCCAGAGAAGGCAGAGUACCAGCGGUGCUUUGCUUGUAACAAGAAAGUUCGGGUUGGUCAGAUCAAGACUGAUGCUGAGGUUGCUGCGGACGAGGCGAAGGCUAUGGCUGGUCGAUACGGUGACCGCGAUGACGAUAGGCAUUGGUCGCCCAGGCAGGAUGCUGCCUUCCGAAUCAGUCGCACGAGAGAGACCAGCCGACUGGAAGCUCACAUCCAGCAAGCGUACGGCCAAGAUCAAGAUGCGCAACAACACCAUCAGGAGCACUUCAGUGAGGCGGCUUCGCGUCCAGAGUACUUCGUCGAGGAUGAAGUGGACUGGGACGACGACGCUCUAGAGACGGCCCACGUUGCUCCCGCGGUGAGAAUGAGUACCGGUCGGAAGAUGUCACAGCCUGAGUAUCCGAGGCAUGAGGAGCCGUACCGCCAUCAGGAAGUCCCGGAAUCCACUUCUACAAUCACUCAGCAUACGCCAGUUCAGUCCACGCACCGCAGACCCAGCCAAACGCCCAGCAUAGCAAAGUCAGCCAACGAGCCUAAGCUAGGCCUGCCGCACCUCCAGAACGCCGAAACAGCAGAGUUUCCACCGACAGUGCACGACCUCCGCGGCUACGACUAUCGCAUCUUCGCCACAUACGCCGCCAAACCGAAAGCCCAGCGCUUCGUCAACGGUGCCAACGGCAAGAUCGCCCCCGGAAUGUACGGUUCGGAGCAGCGCCACGAUCUGGGACUUUGCUUCACCACGUACCUUACGAAGAAACGUUGUGAGAUGGGUGUCAAGUGUCCCUGGCGCCAUCACCCGCUUUCGAAUUCAGAGAAAGCUUGGAUCAUAAAGUAUGGCAAACAGAAGGGAGAGGAGUUCAUCGAAAACGUGGAUCGGUGGUGGAAUUUCCCCGAGACACCGGUGCCGGGUACUUCGAUGCAGGGCCUGGGUGACGGCGAGAAUUAG